AUGGCGCCCCGGCUAGCGUUCAUGGACUUGUCUGUCGACUUGAAGACGCUCAUCAAUCGCCCGACCAACCUCAAGAAUCUAUGUCUCACAUGCAAGCAGAUGCAUGAGAUUGCUGCCCGCCAGCUCUACUACGAAGUCACUCUCGACGUCGGCUCACCCAACGAUACGCGCCUCGCAGCCUUCCUCAACCCUAGGAACAUCGGCCUACAACAUGUGCGCAAGCUUGACCUCUACCUUGCAGAUGUGCUAGAUAAAUGCAACCAACAACAGCAGGCCAACUUUGCCAUUCGCAUGAUUUUGGAACUGCUGCCAGAGAAUCAAUUGGACAAGUUCUCAUGGCAUCCCUGGUCGCCCUUUUCUGGCGACAACCUGGUCUUGCUGUAUCGAAAGCAGAAGCGCAUGAAGUGGCUGGAAGGCAUUUCUCUGGACCGCAAUGUCUUGGAGGAGCUGCAGAAGUUGCCUAAUAUUGACAAGUGCUUUGACAACGUGCGCAAAAUUGGCCUAUACCCCGACUCACGAGAGGUUCUGGAAUUUUGCCACUUUCUACUCAAAAACACGGCCAAACGCACACUUGACAAGAUCACAUUACAUGCCAGCUUUGAUGAGCUGGAUUCGUCCAUUACCACGCGCGAGUUGAACGACACCGUCAAUGAGCCUGGUCUGAUUACCUCAACCAUGUUCAGCCACAUGCAGCCUUUCGCAAAGUGCACGCCCAUGGCACUCAAAGAGAUCACGCUACAAAAGCUACAUUUGCGGUACGCGGCAGGGACAUACUGCAAACUGAUCGACUUCCAAACGAUUAAAAGUAUCCGUGUGUUUGGCUGCUCGGGCGCCGACGCCCUGUUGGCCGAACUGAGCAAAAGCACGAAGCUUCCCGACAAACUCGAGACACUGGAACUCAAGCAUGAUGACAAUACGGAGAACGACGGGUUGGGUGCCAUUGAUGGCUUUCUUUGCUUGGUGUCUGGGAUCAAGACCUUGACACUGGACCUCACGUACGUCAAGGCGCUGCCGGCUGCUGCGGGCAUUGUGCGCCAUGGCAAGACGUUGAAGAGCCUGAACGUGCAUGGUAGCACGGGUCCCGAGAGCUGUGACGAGGAGCUCGUGUACGACUAUUCAUCCUUCUCGCAGAUAUGCAAGGACUGCACUUUGCUAGAGCAGAUUUCAGUAGGGUUUCCUGCCGUGAGCGUGGUUCGAAGCAAGAACGAUAGCUUUGUCAACUUUGAAAACUGCCUGGGUGACCUUUGCCAUCUGGCCACACUGAACAUUACGACGUGGCCGACCAACAGUCCUUCGUCGAGCAAACUGCCGCGCAAGAUCUACGAGCAUCUCCUUGCCGGGCUGGCGCAACAAGGGUUUGAGCGCAGUUCGGACCAUGCCAAGGAACAAGGGCGCUCAUCCAAACUCGGACUUAUUGCCUUUGGCUCGUCGGACAAGGUCUACGACCGCGAGGAUAGUCAGAACCAAAUCAUAUUUGUCAAGGGGCGGCAGAUUGAUCCCCUGGGCAAGGAGACAUCGACGGCUGUGCAGAUUGGGUGGUGUCUGCGCAAGUAUGUUGAUGCUGGGGACAAGUCGGACGUGCUUGAUUUUUCCCUUACGCGAAGCACACGUCCGCCGACACGCAGCUCGGCAGACAGCGACGACAGCGACUGA